AAAAAAAAAAAAAAACUUCUUUCAGUUUUCAAAUUCAAUGGACUCCUGCGAUUCUGCAUCCCCUACCCAUCAAACUUGAGAAACCCUAAACCCUAAUCGAAGUGAAAAUUCAUUGGGAAAUACGAUGAUCUUUUUUGGUCAUCACCGGAAAUUCCUCACCUCCAAAUUUAUAGCAUUCGAAACUACGGCUUAUUUUCUCUGCAAUUUCAGUCGCUCAAGAUCGAUGACUCAAUCCACCUCCAUUCCCAAAAAGCUUCAAAGGGUCCGUGACCAUGGCUACGAUAAUUACAUGGAGGUGGAGAAGAAAACCCGAAAAGUUCUCAAGUUUCAGGACCUUAUUCUCACCCAAAUCAACCAAACAAUCCCAGUUUCUCGCCUUGAUAUCUUAGCUCGGCGCCUUGGCUUCAAACAGCAUGAAGCUGGGGCCUUCGUCCUCAAAUUCCCUCAUGUAUUUGAAAUCUACGAGCACCCUGUUCAACGAAUCCUCUAUUGUAGGUUGACCCGAAAAGCCCACCUCCAAAUCGAGCAGCAAAAGCAGGCUGUCAUUGCCCAGAUUCCGGAUGCUGUGACUCGGCUGAGGAAGCUCUUGAUGAUGUCCAACAAUGGCCGUCUUCGCCUCGAGCAUAUCCGGAUUGCCCGGUCUGAAUUCGGGUUGCCCGACGAUUUCGAAUAUUCGGUAGUUCUCAAGUACCCUCAAUUCUUUAGACUGUUUGAUGCAAAAGAAACUAGGAAUAAGUACAUUGAAAUUGUAGAAAGAGAUCCAAACCUUGCUGUUUGUGCAAUAGAGAGAGCUAGGGAGAGAGUUUAUAGAGAAAAAGGAAGUGAUGCUGAGGAUAUUAGAUUCUCUUUCAUUGUUAAUUUUCCUCCUGGGUUUAAGAUAGGGAAGUAUUUCAGAAUUGCAAUGUGGAAAUGGCAGCGGCUUCCUUAUUGGUCGCCAUAUGAGGACGUUUCCAAGUAUGAUAUGAGGUCCAUUGAAGCACUGAAGAGGAUGGAGAAGAGAGCAGUGGCAACAAUUCAUGAGAUGUUGUCUUUGACUGUAGAGAAGAAGAUCACUUUGGAACGUAUUGCACAUUUUCGAUUAGCGAUGAAUCUGCCGAAUAAGUUGAAGGACUUCCUCCUUCAACAUCAGGGGAUUUUCUACAUUUCAACCAGAGGAAACCAUGGGAAGCUUCACACUGUUUUUCUUAGGGAAGGUUAUAGGAGAGGUGAGUUAAUAGAGCCAAAUGAUGUGUAUUUAGCUAGAAGAAAAUUGGCUGAGUUGGUUUUACUCAGUCCAAGGAAAGCAAAACUGGACAAGGAACUAGUUGGGUACAGGAGAGAGAGGGUGGGUUAUGAUAUGGAAAGCUUUAGGACAGAUUACGUGGAGGAUAAAUUUGAUGAUUUUGCUGUUGGGAACAAAGGCAAUGUGAGAGAUGUUUUGGACUCAGACUUGGAUUCUGAUGUUGAACCCAAUUUCUCUGAUGAUGAUAAUCAUAGUGUUGAUAAAACUUUCAAGGCGGAGGAUGUAAACGAAACAGAAUAACUUAAACUCGAUGGUCCCCAACAGUCUCCUUGGAGCUACUAUGUUUAUGCCUCAAAACUCAUUUUGUAGCUCUGAUUGACCCAACACUGUGAGUAAGCACUCUGAAUUAUACUUUGUUGUAAACUAAAACACAAGUGCUCUUCAAGAAUUUUGCUUAUCAGGAGCAUAACAGCCUUAAUCUUCACUUUGGUAUUCAUCGUUGGAUUUGGGCAGUGAAUCUUUAUGGUUCUGUUUUGGCUAUGUGGCUUGGCAGUGUGUGAAGGGGUCAGGGGAUGCCAUGGCUUAAAAACAAGAGAGUUGAAGAUGCCACAGGCCUAGAAUCCAAAUUCUGAAGACGAAGAAGAAUUAGAUAGAAUGGAAACGAAUUCAGCUUUGGUGGCCAUAAGCUGCAGGAAUAUUACUUGGGAAGUCCUUGUAGUUUCUUGUUUUAGCUUCAAGCUGCUGAGAAUGUGGCAUUGAAAAAGAGAGCUUCUUGAAGAUUUUUGUUUCAGGGUCGUAGGGAGACGAUCGCAAAGCUUCUUCUAUGUUUGCAUUUUCGUGUCCAAGAGUUGUUCCUUGUGGCAAGCUGAGAGUUUGUUCCAUUUUGUUGUCUUUGGUGAGAUAAAAAUAAAAUAAAAUUUUUGGGGCACUGGGUUGCAUCGUUAAGGCUCUUCUGUAAUUACUUACUGGGUAUUAUUUUAUUGGAUUGGUACUCUUUUUUGUACAUUGUUGCAUGACUCUUUUUGUGGAUUUUCUUAUGUCCUUGUAUUAUUUAUUUUAAUGAAAGAACAAUUUUAG